AUGUUCUGUAAUGCUCUUUAUUCAGUGAGAAUAUCAAAGCUGCACAAUUUCAGUGUGUCCGGCAUCACCAGCAGGAAGGCGUCAUUGUCCUGGCAGUUACCAGAAUACCUUCUGCUUGAUGUAUUCAUUAUCGACUUCGCCAUCAACUACUCUUCCAGAUGGGACUCGGCUCCAGGACAGCUGAUGUACAGUAACAAGUCUCGGAUGAGAACAGAGUUAGGGGGACUUCUUCCAUAUACAAAUUACCACGUGACCAUUCGUGGCAAAGGUCGAAUGGUGGCAGAUAACAGGAGCUGGAGUCCGAUGGAAACGCUCUCUUUUCGUACGGAUAAAGACGCGCCGAGUGCCGCCCCAAAGUCUACUGUUGGCGGGUACUUUCUACCCAGACGUCUAAUAAACAACACAGAAGUGAACUGUGCCUUACAGAUUUAUGUCAAGCCCCUCGGAAGGAGGAAGCGGAAUGGAAACAUAUCAGAGCUGUAUUACCGAGUGUCUAUUCAAGGAGAGCAGAAUCAACUUUUAGUAGCUCGUCCAUUUACUACUAUCACCCUUAGCGACAAGGACUGUUGGAAUGACGGACCCUAUGCUGUAGUAAUACAGGCGUGUAUUGAGGAGCGCUUAUGUUCAACCAAACGUACAGUUGUCAACAUUCCUCUAUUUCAUCCAGACAACCAGUUCCCAUACGCCACAGACGUGAUAGCAGAGGGUUUCGGUGAUGCUUCUGUAAGAGUUUCCUGGUUCAUAGAAAGUCAGUUUAGAACACGUAUCGAGGGCGUUACCAUAUUUUGGUGCAGAGGAAACAAAGGGCUACGUACUUGUAAGAGUGAUUUGUCUUGGAAGAAGUUGGCGGGAGAUGUGACUGAAACCUGGUUAAAUCUGACCAAGUUUAACUACCAUGAUUGGAUGUUUGCGGUGUCCUUGACAACCCAUAACGGUGAGAGUGGAGGUACGGUGUUUGAAGAAUGCCAGUUUCGUUAUUUCAUCACUGAACAUGAGGACACCUCACAACGGAACUCGGAUACGCCAUUCGAAUCAGUAAAGCCAACGUUCAACCUUUUGUCCCGUGAUUAUGACGCCAAAUUAAUAGAUGUUCUGUCAUUGACCUUCCGAUACUGUGACGCCCAAUUUCUCUAUAGAAAGCCGGAACAAUAUGAAGUGUUUUACAAGGCCAUCACUGAGGCGACAGAUGAACACUGUACUGAUGGGGCUCAAUCAUUUAACAUGACAGCGACCUUACGUGUACAGGAAAUUGUCUUACCCGACCUUGACCCCAUGUCUCCAUAUGCUGUUUGUAUGAGGAUCCGUACCAGUAUGGGGGUCAGCGAGCUCAGUGACGUCAAAUGGAGGAAACCUCUCAUAGACCCUGAUACAGACAGUGGCCAAUUAGCUGCCAUUAUAAGUAAGACGCUUGCGACGUUGAUUGUCCUGGCGGUCCUGGUAGUAGUAAUAUGGCGCGUGUGCCAAAGAUAUAAAGCCAUGGAUGUAAAUGUUCAGGUCCCUACGAUCGACAAGUCCGAGGACUACAUAGGAGAAAUGGAACUUCUGGUAAAUGACAGUGAUAGUGGAAUCGAAGUAAAGGGGAAUGCUACACAUGCGACCGACAGCAAGAAAAGUAUUGUGAUGACGAGAAGAACUCUGCCUAUGCCCCCUCAUCUUCAAUCCUCUACUAGAGCUAGUACGGACAGUGACGUUAUGCGUAGUAGCAUAGAGAGUCAAGCCAUCGACAGUUGCAAAGGAAAUAUCUUCACGGCAAGAACUGAUGGAGAAAUUGUUGAAUUACCUCCAUCACCAAUGUGUAAGGUUGACAGAUGCAAUUAUCAAAGUAAUGACAGAACUUUCUCUACUGGCGAAUUUUCGUCCAUUCCACAAGUAGGAUAUAUAGAAAACAGUUGUAAGGACAGUUCCAGCGGUUCUGGACAUCAGCUGGCCAAUAAUAUUACGCCAAGUCUGCGGCAUUAUUGCCAUUGGGAUAUCCUUGCUCGGAGCUCAAAUGACACUGAUUAUUCACGCCUUGCUUCGCUUACAACUGAAAUAAAUGAUGGGGAAAGAAUCCAAGUGCCGACAGAGGAGUAUGGAAUCAGUACAGCUGAGAAAAGUAGUGAUAUCUCAGUACCGACAGAGGAGUAUGGAAUCAGUACAGCUGGGAAAAGUAGUGAUAUCUCAGUACCGACAGAGGAGUAUGGAAUCAGUACAGCUGGGAAAAGUAGUGGUAUCAAAGUACCGACAGAGGAGAAUGGAAUCAGUACAGCUGGGAUAAGUAGUGGUAUCAAAGUACCGACAGAGGAGUAUGGAAUCAGUACAGCUGGGAAAAGUAGUGGUAUCAAAGUACCGACAGAGGAGAAUGGAAUCAGUACAGCUGGGAAAAGUAGUGGUAUCAAAGUACCGACAGAGGAGUAUGGAAUCAGUACAGCUGGGAAAAGUAGUGGUAUCAAAGUACCGACAGAGGAGUAUGGAAUCGGUACAGUUGGGAAAUGUUGUGGUAUCUCAGUACCAACAGAGGAGUAUGGAAUCAGUACAACUGGGAAAAGUAGUGAUAACUCAGUUCCGACAGAGGAGUAUGGAAUCAGUACAGCUGGGAAAAGUAGUGGUAACUCAGUUCCGACAGAGGAGUAUGGAAUCAGUACAGCUGGGACUUAUCCGGAUGUACCUUAUAGGCAAAUAGAAAAUGGCCUUAGAUCUAUUUCACAUGCUAGGUCUCAGAGCCAGUUAGAUUCAUCUACGACUGAAUUGAGUGUAACCCCAGAAUAUAACUCACUUUCUUGUCCUUGUGUUUCUUACAUUCUACAGCCUGACAUGUCACUUAUAUGGGACGCCAGUGGAACUACUGCAGGUGCUGACAGAAUUCCAUUGGAAAAUCAACUUGGUUCUGGAAUGACGUGUGACAAUGAUUUCAACGAUAGAAUAAAUGAUGACGAACAGUAAGAUGGAUCAGUGAGAUGUAUAGAACCAGAAGUCAGGCGAGUUUGUUACAUGUUUAGAGCCAGAAACAGAACAGCCAGUAAUAAGCGUUCAAUAGCAAAAACGUCAACCCGUUACUUCAAGUGCUGAACAACAUUUGAACGACUGAAGAUGAAUGACUAAACUUCAGGUUUUUUGUGUGAUUUUUAUCAUAAUGAUAAACACAUGCAUUGUGUGCAGUCUGAUGAGCAAAUGCUUGAAACUGGUUAAGUAAGUCUAACCAUCGGGUUACAGUGCAUUAAUAUUAACAGUGUGAAUGAUAAAGGCGUUAUCAUAUUAAUUAUUCGACAUACAGGAUGUUGUUAAUUAUAUUUAUACUGAAUGUUCAAUCAUUCACUAUUCGAGACGGACAAGUGGUGUUUGUGUAGGGUAACACCCUUAUGUUUGUGUAGGGUAACCCCGUGUUUGUGUAGGGUGACACCUAUGUUUGUGUAGGGUAACACCUGUGUUUGUGUAGGGUAACACCUAUGUUUGUGUAGGGUAACACCCUUAUGUUUGUGUAGGGUAACACCUGUGUUUGUGUAGGGUGACACCUAUGUUUGUGUAGGGUAACAACUGUGUUUGUGUAGGGUAACACCCUUAUGUUUGUGUAGGGUAACACCUGUGUUUGUGUAGGGUAACACCUGUGUUUGUGUAGGGUAAUGUGUAGGGUAACACCUGUGUUUGUGUAGGGUGACACCUAUGUUUGUGUAGGGUUACACCUAUGUUUGUGUAGGGUAACACCUAUGUUUGUGUAGGGUAACACCCUUAUGUUUGUGUAGGGUAACACCUAUGUUUGUGUAGGGUAACACCUGUGUUUGUGUAGGGUAACACCCUUAUGUUUGUGUAGGGUAACACCUGUGUUUGUGUAGGGUGACACCUAUGUUUGUGUAGGAUAACACCCUUAUGUUUGUGUAGGGUAACACCUGUGUUUGUGUAGGGUAACACCCGUGUUUGUGUAGGGUAACACCUGUGUUUGUGUAUGGUAACACCCUUAUGUUUGUGUAGGGUAACACCUGUGUUUGUGUAGGGUAACACCUAUGUUUGUGUAGGGUAACACCCAUAUGUUUGUGUAGGGUAACACCUAUGUUUGUGUAGGGUAACACCUGUGUUUGUGUAGGGUAACACCUGUGUUUGUGUAGGGUAACACCUGUGUUUGUGUAGGGUAACACCUAUUUUUAAUAGAUUGUGCUACCUUUACGACAUUCGAACCAAAAUAAACUAUGUGUGUUCGAAAGACACCAAGAUA